AAUACAAAUACAAAUGAAACGGAAUGAAAAGAAAAUGCUGUGAAUGUGAAUGCAUUUGUGUUUAGAUAAAAACCACCCACAACUUGGAAACAACUAAAAAAUUGGCUUUCCCAGCUUCCCCCUCUCUCUCUUAAACAUAGGGAAAAAUCAACGAUUAACCGGCGGAGUGGACGCAUUUAAAGACAAACAAAAGUGGAGCAGACGUGCAUGAAGCCAAGGCGAUGAGUCUGGCCCAUCAAUUACCUGGGCAUUAAAGUUGAGGACUGGAAGAGCAACAGGCUGCUGGCAGCACUGUGGUCGGGUAAAGCCCUGGAAUCCUGGUGACCUGGACCCAUAAGUGGGCGCGUACGUGACUUAAUCAGCGGACACAGCAGGCGGGCUGAGCCCCGGCUAACGAGGCCAACGAGCCACGAGGUGGAGGAGACGAAGCUGGCAGAGCUGAAUCCUGCCCGCAAUGAUUUCAUGCACGGCACAGUGAGCAGUAGCAACAUGACAGAUUGUGGCGGCGCCGCAGCUCCGGUGGAAAUAAGCACCACAGCCGCCACAACGUCGGCGACGUCCUCGUCGUCGUCCUCGUCCGCAUCCAAACCGCUGACCAAUGGCGCCAACAAGGCGGCCACGUCAACAGCAGCCGGCGGAGGAGGAGGAGGCGGAGCACCCACAGCCAUACCCACCAGCAGUAGUAACAGCAACAGUAGCAACUCCAGGACUACACUGGACCAUCACCGGCAGAGCAAUAACAAUCGACCUGCGGUCAGUCCCAAGCCAGAUGUCAGGCUAAGAUCUCCAGAUCUGGGGACACCUGUGGCCUCUACAUCCGCCUCGGCGCAGGCCAGUAGCCAGACCCAGAGUUUGGGUCAGCACGAGAGGCUGGCCAAGACGACGACAACUGGCUCUGGCUCCUCGGCAUCCCAGCAGGAUGUCGAUGAGGUGGCCAAGCUGUUUGAGGAGAAACCGGAAGCCUUCGAGAAAUGGCUGACGGAAAGGGCUCCGCCGGAAGCACUCAGCCGACUGCAGGAGUUCAUAGAGAGCCGGAAGCCGAUCAAGCGACCCUCGGUCACUUCCGAUCUGUUCCAGCAAUGGAUGGCCGCCUCGCCCACGGUGCAGCAGAAAUCACCGAGAAGCCUCUCGAACUCAUCAGCCUCCUCGCUACCCGAAUGCCGGCGGCAUCUGAUGGACCUGGACGAGGGCGAGCUGUUCAUGGAACUGAUUCGGGACGUGGCCAACGAGCUGGACAUCGAUGUGCUCUGCCACAAAAUUCUGGUGAACGUGGGCCUGCUCACCCACGCGGAUCGUGGCUCUCUGUUUCUGGCCAAGGGCACGCCCACCAACAAGUACCUGGUGGCCAAGCUGUUCGAUGUCACCCAAAAGACAGCACUCAAGGACGCGGUGACUCGGGCCAGUGCCGAGGAGAUUAUCAUUCCCUUUGGCAUUGGCAUUGCCGGCAUGGUGGCGCAGACAAAGCAGAUGAUUAACAUCAAGGAGGCGUACAAGGAUGCGCGAUUCAACUGUGAAAUCGAUCUGAAGACCGGCUACAAGACGAAUGCCAUCCUCUGCAUGCCCAUUUGCAAUUACGAGGGUGACAUUAUAGGCGUGGCGCAAAUUAUAAACAAAACGAAUGGCUGCAUGGAGUUCGAUGAACAUGACGUGGAAAUCUUCCGUCGGUAUCUCACCUUCUGCGGCAUUGGCAUCCAGAAUGCCCAGCUGUUCGAGAUGUCCGUCCAGGAGUAUCGACGCAACCAAAUCCUCCUCAAUCUGGCCCGCAGCAUUUUCGAGGAGCAGAACAACCUCGAGUGCCUUGUCACCAAAAUAAUGACAGAGGCCAGGGAGCUGCUAAAGUGCGAACGCUGCUCGGUGUUUCUUGUGGAUCUCGACUGUUGCGAGGCGAGCCAUUUGGAGAAGAUAAUUGAGAAGCCCAAUCAGCCAGCCACCCGCGCCAUCAAGUCCGCUGACAGCUUCGAGGAGAAGAAAAUGCGCAAUCGUUUCACUGUGCUCUUUGAACUCGGCGGCGAGUACCAGGCGGCCAAUGUCUCCCGGCCUUCGAUCAGCGAGCUUAGCACCUCGACGCUGGCCCAGAUAGCCCAAUUUGUGGCCACCACAGGGCAGACGGUGAAUAUAUGCGAUGUCCACGAGUGGGUCAGGGAGCACAAUCAAAUACGAGCCGAGAGUGAAAUCGAUAGCACCCAGGCCAUACUCUGCAUGCCCAUUGUCAAUGCCCAAAAGACGGUGAUUGGUGUGGCGCAGUUGAUAAACAAGGCCAAGGGAGUUCCCUUUACCGAUUCAGAUGCCUCGAUUUUCGAGGCCUUUGCCAUAUUCUGCGGUCUGGGCAUACACAACACCCAGAUGUACGAGAAUGCCUGCAAGCUGAUGGCCAAGCAGAAGGUGGCCCUCGAGUGCCUCAGUUACCAUGCCACCGCCAGUCAGGAUCAGACGGAGAAGCUUACCCAGGAUGCGAUAGCCGAGGCAGAGUCCUACAACCUGUACAGCUUUACCUUUACGGACUUUGAAUUGGUGGACGAUGACACGUGCAGGGCAGUGCUGCGUAUGUUUAUGCAAUGCAAUUUGGUCUCGCAGUUUCAAAUACCCUACGAUGUCCUCUGCCGCUGGGUCUUGAGUGUCCGAAAGAACUAUCGUCCCGUCAAGUACCACAAUUGGCGGCAUGCUCUUAAUGUGGCCCAAACCAUGUUUGCCAUGCUGAAAACCGGCAAGAUGGAGCGCUUCAUGACUGAUCUGGAGAUCUUGGGCCUCCUGGUGGCCUGUUUGUGCCACGACCUGGAUCACCGCGGCACCAAUAAUGCCUUCCAGACCAAAACCGAAUCCCCGCUGGCCAUUUUGUACACCACCAGCACGAUGGAGCAUCAUCACUUUGAUCAGUGCGUGAUGAUCCUAAACUCGGAGGGAAAUAACAUAUUUCAGGCCUUGUCACCCGAGGAUUAUCGCUCGGUCAUGAAGACCGUGGAGAGUGCCAUUCUGUCCACCGAUCUGGCCAUGUAUUUCAAGAAGCGAAACGCCUUCCUGGAGCUGGUGGAGAACGGGGAAUUCGACUGGCAGGGCGAGGAGAAGAAGGAUUUACUUUGCGGCAUGAUGAUGACGGCCUGUGAUGUGAGUGCCAUUGCCAAACCCUGGGAAGUCCAGCACAAAGUGGCCAAGUUGGUGGCUGAUGAGUUCUUUGACCAGGGAGAUCUCGAGAAGCUGCAGCUCAAUACACAACCGGUGGCCAUGAUGGACAGGGAACGCAAGGACGAGCUGCCCAAGAUGCAGGUUGGCUUCAUUGACGUGAUCUGCCUGCCCCUGUACAGAGUCCUGUGCGACACCUUCCCCUGGAUAACACCCUUGUACGAGGGCACCCUGGAGAAUCGACGCAACUGGCAGGAUUUGGCCGAGAAGGUGGAGAUGGGCCUCACCUGGAUCGAUCACGACACCAUUGACAAGCCUGUGGAGGAGUUUGCUGCCUGCGAGGAUGAGGAGAUCAAGGACAUUGAGUUCACAGUAACAACGCUCAACUGCAAUCAGCAGUCACAGUCGCAGCAUGGCAGCGAGGACAGCCACACGCCAGAGCACCAGCGCAGUGGCUCCCGGCUGAGCAUGAAGAAGACGGGGGCCCUGGGCAAGGCCGUUCGCUCGAAGCUCUCGAAGACGCUCUACAACAGCAUGGACGGCUCCAAGCCGAAGACCUCGUUGAAGCUCCUCGAGUCCCACGUCAGCGAGGAUAUGGACGAUAAGAGCCCGACGAGUCCCUCACAACCGCAGGCCUCUGGCAGCAUGGGCCGCAUGUCCGCCUCCUCAUCCACCUCGUCCGCCGGCGGCGUCGUUGGCGCCUCUGGACAGGUCCAGGCGGUGGACAAGUCCAAGAAGCGCUCCAAGCUGUGCGCGCUCUUAUGACGAAAGCCGUCCAAUUAGAAUAUGGCGACCCCCUCCAGCACUCCGGGCAGUGAGACUGACCACAAGUGCGGAGGGGGGAUGACCGAGUUCUAAUUGGCGUCGAUUUUGCUAAAAGUUCACACAAACUUGUUGCUCCUACCUGUAUCUAUUGGCCAUGUUCACGGUAUCAAAUUCGAUUAGAUUGUGAUAGUUUUUUGUGGGUAAAAUUGCAAUAUUUUUGAGGGUUAAACUGUUUAUAAAGACCCUUUGAAUUUUUUUAAUUUACAUAAAAUUAGGUGAAAUUAUUAGGUUUUAUGUUUUUAAAUAAAGAAAAUAUUUGUGUAAAGUUAAAAACAAUUCUUAAUAUUAACAAAAACUCUUCGUUUUCUUGUCAAGUAAUUUUGCAACUCAAAAUAAUUCAAAACUAAAAGAAAAGUUGCAAUUUUACCAACAAAAAACUAUCCACAAAUCUAAACGUAAAAGAAAAUCGUGAACAGAUGGUGCAUGUAUAUGUUUGAUAUAUGUUUUAAGUACUAUAACUAUCCAUAUACCAGAGGACGAGCAUUAGGCAGAGGCAAAUGCAGUUGCAAUAUUAAGCAUAAGUGAAUGUCAAAAUAUGUGAUCUAUUUAAGGUCCCGAAGGUGCGAAGCCCACGGGUUGAACCUUUUGUCGGAUACUAUCCCCUCUCUCUCUCUCUAUCUCUAAACGAAUAUACGCUAUUUACUCUAUAUAUUAUAUAGAUGUGUCUGUCGCUUUUAGGUGAUUGUAAACCGCGAAACUAAACUAACUAAGUAGAGGCAACCAAAACCAAACUAGCUAAGAGUGUAUGUAGUCACCCUAACCAAAUCGUGCUAGUCAAAACGUAUGAAAUACUAUAGAAGAAACCAACCCUAUUUAAGGAGACUUUGUGAGAGGCUAUACAAUUCCAGCAGGCAUCGGGAAUCGAGAAUAGAGACGACAGUGAUCACCACUAGUCCUCGCCUGUGAUCGGCUUGAGAUCUACUUUAUAGCUCUACUGAUAAUGAAUAAACUAAAUAAACUACUAAUUAAUAACUAAUAUUUGUAUGCACAGAACGAGUGCUAAGCGUAUGGUAUUUACGUAGCAAACUAUAGCAAUAUUAUAUGAUAUUUCGAUUGUGAGCACAGCACAAAUAUGGAUUAAUUGAACUCUGCGGAGGCAGAAGCGAAUGGGAAAACAUUUCGUACUCUGUUUGGAUUGUAUAAAUAUAAAUAUUAGCCUAAAGAUAAACGACAGCAGUCAAUUUUUGAACUCGAACUCAAGCAAAAUACGAAUACGAUAAAUAUUUGGCAAAUAAUAAUCGCACACGGUUAAAUACGAUUAAUCCGGUCCCCACACUCAUCUAGUUGUUGCAAUGAAGUUUACUUUAUCUGUGUGUACGUGUACAAAGCAAACUAUAUACUAUAGAGCAUAAAACUAAACAGGAGCAUAAGCAUAAAACUAAAUAUAAUAUGUAACGGAACCUAUAUAUGAAAUAUUUACAUGUGACUAAUGUAACUGUAACUGAAUUGCUUAGACUUAAUGUGUUUAAGAGCAUCUCAUUAUUUUUAUUACAGGUCUGCGUGUGCUAAUCAAACUUUGGCUACUAAAUGUCAAACAACAAAAGAUUAAGAAAAGGUUUGCAACUAUUUUUCUAGUCACGCUUGAAAAUCAAAAUCAAAAAAAUCGAAAUCAAGACCGUUACAAAGUCCCCACUUUGUUCAGUUCAGUGACAAUUAAUUGUGUACAUUCCUUCGCAGUUUCGUUGCUUGUUUCUGUUAUCCCCAAAAACGAUCUAAGAGUUAUUCACCAUUUGUUUACCUAACUAUGUAAGACUUGCAAUUGAAUCAAAAAUAAAUCACACCAUUGGGAAUUACUCUAAA